UUCCUACAAAAACUCUCACUCCAACAAUCUUCCGUCUUCUUCCUUUCCACCCUUUUCUCCCCUCUCUUUCUAUCCUCUUCUUCCCACUUCCGACUUUUCCCUUAUUUACCUCAACAAAUUUCCUAUUAACUCCCGACAAAACCCUAAUUAUGCCCCUAAAUCCUCUCACCAAUUCAUCAUUUUUUCCGAAAAAAUCAUAAUUUCUUCCUCUUCUCCCCUAUUAUUCGCAAUGGAUUAUCAAUCAAACACCGGAUCAACAACCCUUUCAGUAAUCUCGAAACCGAAAGUCUACCGCAUGAUGAACGGCGGAGGAGGUGGCGGGCCCCCGAAAUCACCUCCAUCAAUCUGGUUCGAAAUCCGGCUAUUCUACGUCCGCAUAGCACCUUGCGCUAUUGACGCUGCGCCAGAUCACCUCACCCUCCGACACAUCCGGGAGGAACUCGGCGUUUCGCUUGAAAUUAAUGGCACUCGUAUCCCUGCUUCCGAAACGGCGUCGUCUACGCUUCGCAGGGAUCGCGUUGACAGAGAUUCCUCCGAGGUUACCUAUGUUAGCACCGACAGCGUUAAGAUUUCCGGUGGUGUGGAAUUCGAGGUUUGUGAGAAGGAUAAUUUGCUUCUGUGUGGGUCCCUUGGGAGGUAUGAAAACGAUUGGAGUAUGGAUUGUUACGCCGGCGGUUCGUCGUCAACGUCAUCGUCAGCGUUUUUUCAGCCGAAAUUAGGGAUUUCGUCGCCUUCCAUUGAGGUUUACGUCGCCGGAAGAUGGUCGGAUACACCAGUUAUAUUAACGAAGAUGAUUAAUGUUAGUCCUCGGAGGAAAUCACCAAGGUAUAGUAAUUUGGAUGCGAUUCCCGAGGUUUCCGACGAGUCUGAGAAAGAUCAAAAGGUUGUUGGUGCCAACGGUUUGAUUCACCGGAAAUUACAGAUUACUGAGGCUGAAGAUGAGUAUGAAGCAGAAGGAAAGUUAAUGCACAAUUGGUAUCCAGAUGAGGUUUAUGAAGGAGAGGAUGGGCAGCUCACUUGGUUCAAUGCUGGAGUUAGAGUUGGUGUUGGUAUUGGUCUUGGUAUGUGUCUAGGAGUUGGUAUUGGUGUUGGAUUACUUAUGCGAUCAUAUCAAACCACCACCAGGAACUUCAGGAGGAGCACGAGUAGUGGAAAAGGGCAGAAAUCAAUGGGUAACCACAACAAGCCCACGUCACCCAUACCCUUAGUCGUAACCCUAAACUGCAUCGAAGACAAUGUUUUGGAACAGGACUCCCUUUCCGGAAUCGCCGCCAUCGAACACGUCGGCUUGAAUCGAUUAGCCGACGGAAGAAUUGAGUCAGCCGCCGCUGUUCUCCUCCACUCGCUCGCUUUCCUCCCGCGAGCUGCCCAACGCCGUCUUCGCCCAUGGCAGCUUGUCCUUUGUCUCGGCUCAUCCGACCGCGCCGUAGACUCCGCUUUAGCCGCCGAUCUAGGACUCCGGCUUGUUCACGUGGACGUCUCUCGUUCCGAGGAGAUCGCGGACACCGUGAUGGCUCUUAUUCUCGGUCUACUGCGACGGACGCAUCUGUUGUCGCGGCAUUCUCUCUCUUCUUCUGGGUGGUUAGGGUCUGUGCAACCGCUUUGUAGGGGGAUGCGACGGUGUCGGGGGUUAGUGCUUGGAAUUGUUGGGAGAUCUGCGUCUGCUAGGUCUUUGGCUACCAGGAGUUUGUCAUUUAAGAUGAACGUGCUCUACUUUGAUGUCUCCCAGGCACAAGUAAGCAGGUCGAUAAUAUUCCCCCCUGCUGCCAGGAAAAUGGAGACACUUAACGAUUUACUGGCUGCAAGUGAUGUGAUCUCUCUCCAUUGCGCUUUGACAGAUGAGACUGUCCAGAUUAUAAAUGCUGAAUGCUUGCAGCAUAUCAAGCCUGGGGCAUAUCUGGUGAACACUGGAAGCAGUCAGCUUUUGGAUGAUUGUGCUGUGAAGCAGCUAUUGAUUGAUGGGACCCUUGCUGGCUGUGCUCUGGAUGGUGCAGAAGGGCCACAGUGGAUGGAAGCAUGGAUCAGGGAGAUGCCUAAUGUGUUGGUACUUCCACGAAGUGCAGAUUACAGCGAAGAAGUAUGGAUGGAGAUAAGAGAAAAGGCAAUUUCUUUAUUGCAAUCUUACUUCAUUGAAGGUGUUGUUCCGAGUAGUGCUGUCUCUGAUGAUGAGGAAGAGGAAAGUGAAAUAACCUUUGAAAAUGAGCAUUCUGAUAAACAAGAUAGAGAAAGAGUGCCACAGAGUCCAGUUCCUGGGCACCUGUCAAUUGAUAACUCAACGGCUCCCGAAAGCUCCAAUAGGAAAUCGUCUAUACAAUUAGAUUCUCCUAAUCAGCAUCAGGUUUCAGGUUUGUCUCCAAAUAGUUCCGCCCGAUCUGAAACAAAACGUAGUAGAUCAAGUAAAAAGGCUAAAAAGAGACAUGCUCGCCAAAAGUCCCAACUUAAAUCCGGGGAUAUCUUAGAGAAAGAAAGUAAUUCGCAGCAGGAAGAUGAGACUGCUAUGAGUGGUACUGAGCAGGUGCAAAGUUCUGGUUCCCGUUGUGCUUCACCUGAAGACUCAAGAAGUAGGAAAACAUCGAUAGAAUUGGUGCAAGAAUCAUCUUCCGACUUGUUUCAGAAACCAGGCAAGAGCACUAGUAGGAAAUCUGGGGAAUUACUUAAAGAUGGUUGUGUUAUAGCUUUACAUGCAAGGGAGCGCUCUGUGCUGCAUGUCUCAAGACAAAGGGUGAAGGGGGGUGGUUGGUUCCUUGAUAUAAUGCACAGUGUUACCAAAAGAGACCCUGGAGCUCAGUUCCUUGUUGUUUUUGGAAGCAAGGACACAAUUGGAUUGCGAUCUCUUGCAGCUGGUGGGAAAUUGUUGCAGAUAAAUAGAAAGAUGGAAUUUGUAUUUGCCAGUCACAGCUUCGAUGUAUGGGAGAGUUGGUCACUAGAAGGCCCCUUGGAAGAGUGUAGACUGGUUAAUUGUAGAAAUACACAGGCUGUUCUGGAUGUACGGAUUGAAGUUCUGGCUUCUGUAGGAGAAGAUGGAGUUUUACGCUGGCAUGAUUAGAUUGCAGAGCUGGUGAAAUACUUGUUUGUCAAACCCCCUCAUUUCUUAGGUUGCUUACAUUUCACCACGGCUUGUAACUUUGUAAAUCUUUCAGUACCAUGUAAUCCGUUGUUAGUGUCGUGUCUUGGAGAAAUUUGUUGAGUUUAUGUUGAACAUUCGCUCUGGUCAGUAUACCGCCGACGUUGGGUUGAUCCAAUUUUGUCUUGGAAUAUAUCUUCCAUUUUCUAAUUAUGUUUAUCCAAUUGAAUCAGUUUGUAAGAGGUGUUGAGGCAAUGUAAGAUGAGGUUUUGUAUGAAAAAACAAUACUUGGUACUCUGUAGUAGUC